CCAGCACUUGCAGCUCACUCCGCUCUAACUCCGACAAUUGGGAUGUUUUACAAUGACUUACUAUAGGUCUAAAAGUACGUUCCUACUAUAAUUUAAUUUAUAGUAUGUUUUAUAGUUAAGCUAUACUAUCAUGUAUAGUUUAGCAAACGAACGGAAAGGUGUAGCAAUACAGGGUUUGUCUAAUUUUGGCCCCACCCUGGCUGGCAUAGGCGUCCCGAAAGUGAACGAAAACGAGCGCAUCCCGGGAGAACGCGGGAACCGCUGAUAGGUUCCACCCCGUUCAGAGUUGACGCGCGCUUAUCCGUUUCUUUCUUUAUUAUUGUUUCACGUUAGCAUUUACCCAUGGCAGAGCUAAUACACUUAUCGACAAUUUGAGUUCGUCCAAAAAAACUCAUAAGAAGUGUCUUUUAUAGAGGAAUUACAGCUGUGGGCCGUUUAAGUAAAAAAAUAAAAUAUAACAACAAGUUAGACGGGGAAUUUUUCGGUGGUUUUGGUCGUUGUAACGCCGCUCUGUAGCUAGUGUCUGUCGAGGUGUUGACUCCAGGAGCCUUCAGGAUGGACUCGUUUCAGAAGGUGGAGAAGAUCGGCGAGGGGACAUAUGGCGUGGUCUACAAAGCCAAGAACAAAGUCACGGGCGAGACGGUUGCCCUCAAGAAAAUCCGACUAGACACGGAAACGGAGGGGGUGCCAAGCACGGCCAUCCGGGAAAUCUCGCUCCUGAAAGAACUCAGUCACCCCAACAUCGUCAAGCUGCUGGACGUCAUCCACACGGAAAAUAAGCUCUACCUCGUCUUCGAGUUCCUUCACCAGGACCUGAAGAAGUUCAUGGACUCCUCCAUCACCGGCGUCCCCCUGCCCCUCGUGAAGAGCUACCUCUUCCAGCUGCUGCAGGGCCUUGCCUUCUGUCACUCCCACCGGGUCCUCCACCGGGACCUGAAGCCCCAGAACCUUCUCAUCAACGCCCAGGGGGAGAUCAAGCUGGCCGACUUCGGCCUGGCCAGGGCCUUCGGGGUGCCGGUCCGCACGUACACGCAUGAGGUGGUGACGCUCUGGUACCGAGCUCCAGAGAUCCUCCUGGGCUGUAAAUACUACUCCACCGCCGUGGACCUGUGGAGCCUGGGCUGCAUCUUCGCUGAGAUGAUCACCAAGCGGGCCCUGUUCCCCGGGGACUCUGAGAUCGACCAGCUGUUCCGGAUCUUCCGGACGCUGGGAACGCCGGACGAGACGGUGUGGCCGGGCGUCACCUCAAUGCCCGACUACAAGCCCUCCUUCCCCAAGUGGGCGCGGCAGGACAUGAACAAGGUGGUCCCCCCGCUGGACGACGACGGCCGCGAGCUGCUGGCGCAAAUGUUGAGUUACGACCCCAACAAGAGGAUAUCGGCCAAAAACGCUCUUGUCCACCGGUUCUUCCGCGACGUCACUAUGCCCGUCCCGCACCUGCGACUCUGAGGGUAAAAACCUAGUUCUGGUUCCCACGACAACGGAGCAAUACGGGACCCUGCUGCUUCACCUCAGUGUGUUCCCUCGGUCUCUCUCCAGCGGCCACGGGGGACGGGGGGCCGUCGCGACAAGACUCAACCGGUGCCUUCUCGCCGCUCAUUCCUACGAUCGUUUUCAUUCCGACGUUCCAUCAGCGUUCCUCAAGUCAGUCCCGAGCUGGCGUUGUUCCCUGACCCCGCUGUUGAUGCCAGUUAAAGUAACAAGAGUUCUAAAAACCGUGUGGUUGUGUUUGUUUGUGUGUGUGUGGGUGUGUUUCCUCUCCACCCGUUGGUGGAUAACGUUGUUUGAGAAGUUUUCCGAUACGGUUGCUGCUCUGUUCCUCGGUUGCGUUUUCCUGGGCGUUCCUGGAUGCAUGAGAACUUCAGCCUUCUGCCGGAACGUUUUCCGAGAAUGUGCCGAGUUCAUCGUUUUAUUAUUAUUGUUAUUGUAAUUCAGCUUUCCGCUUUGUGUAAAGGUGCUAGGUUUUAUUUGUCAAGAGAAUUUGUAAACUUUUAAAAAAAUUGUUUUUUACAAAUGCUUAAAAUAAACAGUAAAAAAUAAAAAAAGUUUACAACAGUACUAUGUUGUUAAUGUUUUUAUAUAUUGGUAGAUAAGUCUAGCUCACUAAUGGGACAUAUUUAAUUUUGAACUUAAUAUCUUUUUUGUAUAAACCGUCACAUCUUUCACACAAUAAAAGAUUGUUUUAAGCAUGA